CUGCCAGCAAAAAGCGAUGGCGUCGUUUUGGCGGCAGUUGCCGCGACCCUUUUACUGCGUGGCGCCGAUGGCCAACGUCACCGAUGUCGCCUUCCGCGCCGCCAUCACAGAGCUCGGCAAGCCACACGUCAUGUGGACGGAGUUUGUCAGCUGCGAAGCUCUCAUGUCGUCGACAGCGCGCACGCGCGAGAAGAUGUUGACAGCGCUCAAGUACGCACCAAGCGAGCGACCAAUCGUCGCACAGCUGUUUGGCUCCAAGCCCGACCAGUUCCGCGAGUGCGCCAAGAUUGUUCGCGACUUGGGGUUUGACGGCAUCGACAUCAACAUGGGCUGCCCCGAGAGGAACGUCAACAAGCAAGGCAGUGGCGCGGCCUUGAUUGGCGAUCCGGCCAACGCCCAGGCGAUCGUGCGAGCGUGUCAAGAGAGCGGACUUCCGGUCUCGGUCAAGACGCGCAUUGGUCUUGAAACCAUCGAUUACGACGACUGGAUCAACUACAUCUUGGACACGGAGCCCGACGCCUUAACGGUCCAUGGCCGAACGCGCAAGGAAAUGUCGCUUGUGCCAGCACACUGGGACGUUAUUGGCGACAUUGUCCACUUGGUGCGGGACAAGCGACAGUCGGACGUCAUCUUGAUCGGCAAUGGGGACGUCGCGUCGCUGGACGACGCCAACGAAAAGGUCGCGCUCUAUGGUAUUGACGGUGUUAUGGUCGGACGCGCCCUCUUUGGUAACCCGUGGUUCUUUCAAGGACCGACGUUGCUCACCGAGCGCGGCACCGAAGAGCGGCUACUGGGCAUGAUCCGCCACACGCAGAUCUUUGAAGAGCUCUUGCUGCAGCACGGCCACAACCAAUUCCACCACGUCAAAAAGAUGUACGGCAGCUACUUGGCAGGUAUUCCGUACGCCAAGCAAUUCAAGGAGCAGCUCAGUCGUGCAGCGACGCCGGCCGAGGUCUAUCCGCUCGUACACGAUUUUAUUCGGCAAGACAAGGCGAGAUCGCAGCUUGCGGCGGCAAAUGAGCCGCCAAUGCACUAGCUGCAGCACGAGUUGGGAUCCGUGGGCCGCGGGUCGCGCAAGUACGCAUGCCACGUCAUGACUUGCGCAUCGGCAGCUGGUCGCACGGCCUAAUAGACAAGUUGGAUUGUCCGUGUCCGAUUGCAUUCUGUUGAUUAUGCCAAACCGAAGACGCUGCAAACUGCGCUUGGACCGCUCG